UUUUCUCUCCCUCAGCCUUUGAAACUCGAGGUUGAGUUCAAUCAAGAAAAGACCAUGUACGCCGCCAUAAGCAAGAUAGGCUCCCCUCUUGUCUCUUUUAAAACGAAAUCUCCAUGAAAUAGCGGUGACGCCGCGGCCUGAAGGAUGGCCAACUCGGGUGCCGUUCAGGUGAAACUGGAACUUGGUCACCGUGCUCAGGUCCGGAAAAAACCCACUGUGGAAGGAUUUACCCACGACUGGAUCGUUUUUGUCCGAGGACCGGAGCAAAGUAACAUUCAGCACUUCGUGGAGAAAGUUGUUUUUCACCUGCACGAGAGCUUCCCAAAACCAAAAAGAGUGUUCAAGGACCCGCCGUACAAAGUGGAGGAAUCGGGAUACGCCGGCUUCAUCCUGCCCAUCGAGGUGUACUUCAGGAACAAGGUACACCCCCCAGCCCCCCCCCCCCCCCCCCCCCCCAUGUGGAAGUUGACGGCGAGUUGGCGCGACGUGGUCAUCAAGACCCGCAGCUUGACGUAG